GCAUCCCCAGUUUUUAAAUCCUGGAUCCGCCACUGCCGAGGGUGGGCUCGAGCCUCUCGAUCGAGCCCCAUUGUACAUAUUGUAAUGUUGAUCAGCUCGUAGUUCUCGAGGCAACUACUUAAUCUUUAUCCGGGUUUUGCCCAAGUUGUUAACUCAAGUUAGUAGAAGAUUUCAUGCCCACAUAAUCGAAGUAGUUAAACCAAUUAAGUUGGUAGAAGAAUUUAUAGAACCUAUAAGCAUUCAUUACUUAUUACUCAUUCGAUAUGUGAUAUUACAUAUCAUCCCUCCUUCAACAGUGAUGAACUCCAAAAGAAAUGCUCAUUUAAAUUGGUGCAAACUGCAACAGAUAGAGAAGGCGAAUGCUUGCAUAAUGCUGGCGUAAGGGUUACUGUGAUCUAUCCACAAAAUUUAAGGUGGGAUAAAUAUCAAAAAGAUGAAAAUGGUGAGAGACUGUGACAAGUUCCUUUUGUUGAUUCCUGAGGCCAUAGGAUUUGUGAGAUAUGAGUGGGCCCCAAACAGAAUAAUAAUUUGAUGACUUUUGAUUCACUGGACCUUCCCUCAAAAUCCCAAGGCCUUGUUUUUGCAUCAUCCUAGAUUCCCCUUUACUCACAAUGGAAUAUAUAAAGGGAAUUCAUCUCUUCCUUUUCCCCAUAUUUUUCAAACUUUUGGGCCACUUAUGUCUUCCAUUUCCCCCAUAUGCUUGUAAAUGUGAAGUUGAUUUUUUUUGAGAUUGCCCAAGUAAUUAAAUUAAGAAGAGUGAUUAUUUGUAAUGUUAUGUGUAGAUGAUCCAAACCUAAGUAAGUGAGACGAGCAUGUAACAUGUGUUGAGUAAAAGCUAAAUAAUAAGCUUUUGUUUUAUCUUUUUUCUACUUUGCAUCUAAUAUCUCCUCUAUAAAGAUAAGUAAACAUAGUGUUGUAUAGCACUGAGAAGGCAAUGCUUUAGUUGAUCAAUCAUUGAAUUUUUAUUCCAUGGAUCCGACUCUUUGCGCGCAACCCAAGAAAUGCAAAAAACUGAUCUCAUCUAAAUGACUUUUAGGAUUUGCUGUUUGCCAUUGUGCCUCUCUUAUUUCUUUUUAUUUUACAAUUUUGUAAAUAAUUAAUUAUUUUUUCUUGUUUGCAACAAAUUUAAUUGCAGAUGUUAAUUUUUUAUUUCCUCCCUGCUUUUGAUUGUAUGCUCCUUUUUUCAUGGAUUGCUUUGUGUAUAUUAUUGUGAGGCUUUUUGUCAUUUCCAUAUGUCUGCGAUUGAGGGGAAAAGAGAUUCUAUCACUUAAAUAAAUUCCAACAGAUAUCGUUAUAUAUAUAUAUAUAUAUAUAUAUAUAUAUAUAUAUAUAUAUAUAUUUUGAGGAAACAACAUUGUAAUAAUUAAAUCCUUGAUGAUCAAAAGGCAAAAGACUACUAGGUUAGACUGCAUCACUCCAUCAACUUGACUGCAUAAUAUUUUAAAUCUUGAAGCAAGAAUCCAUGCAAUUCGUGGACUUUAAGCAAAGAGGAAAAAGAUGGGCUUUCUUUAUACUCUCACUUUAAAUACCACUCCUAUAACAAUAAUAUUUACAUUAUACAUAUCCAUUGAGGUGCAGAUUGAAUUUCUGACACAGAAUUAUGUUUUCUGUUUCUGCAUAUGUAAUCUAUGUGUUUCUGUUUUGUUUGGAUGAGAGUGUCAGACAAUUACAAGAUGAGAAUGCAGGAUGGCCAAAAGGGGUCAUUAUGUCAAUCAUAUUAUUCUUGAUUAUUAAUUGCAAUGUAGUAGUAGUUAUCGAUAACACUUCAUACUUGCUUGUCCUAAAAUCUAAUGCUAGAUUCUUUGAUUCCUCGAACCCUACAAGAUACAAAAAGAAGCGGCCAAAUCCAUCCACACCACACCCUCUCAGAAAGGAAAAACAAUUAAUUAGUCCAAAAACUAAUUACACUUGGAGGGAAAAAAAAGAGAGAGAGAUGUGUUCAUUUUGUUUUGUUAUCCCUUUCAAUCUUUAAAAAGAAACAUCCAUUAAAGCAUCAUCAUGAUUAAAUUUUCUUUCUUCUUUCCAUCAAAGCUUCUUAAGGGUUUUACAAAAGUUGCUCCCAUUAUACAUCAUGGUGGGCACAGCCUAACUCCUAUGGGAAUAACUGAGAGAGAGAGUGAGGUGGGAAAACAGGAGGAUAAAAACAAACCAUACACUUUUUUUCUCUCUCUUUCUCUCCUUUUGAGACUCCAAAUUGAAGUAUGUUGCUUUCUUUGUUUUGCUGCAUCACAGAGAUUCUCUCCACCCUUUCAAGUCAAAUAAAAAAGUAAAAAAAAAAAAAAAAAAAAAAAAGAAAGUUGGAUAUGAAAUGGGAAAUGGGAGAAAAAAAAAAGAAGAAGAAAGGGGCACAGCUCAGAGCAUAUAUUCCCUCACAACAGAACCCCACUUAUGUUUCCAGAUAUGGAGUGACAACAUAGUACAAGCCAACAAUUAUAAAGAGAAUUGAAUUACCUCAUUUCAGACACAAACCCACAUUUCCUAUGAUCAUCAUCUUCUUCAUCAAUGGCUCUUGACAAUCAAGAAAUGAAGCUAGUUCUCUCCAGCGACGCCAAGCCCAGAUUGAAAUGGACUCCUCAGCUCCACCGCCGAUUCGUCGACGCCGUCAAACAGCUCGGAGGUGCAGAGAAGGCCACUCCGAAAUCGUUGAUGAGAGUGAUGGGCAUUCAAGGCCUCACCUUGUACCACCUCAAGAGCCAUUUGCAGAAAUACAGACUAGGGCGAAGUCAGCAAUCACAAAGCUUUCACCACGACAAACCCCAAGAGAAUGAGAGGAAGAAGAGCAAAUUGGAAGAGGAGAAGAUAAACGAUGUGCAGAUCGCGGAAGCUCUGAAAAUGCAGAUGGAGGUGCAGAGGAAGCUGGAGCAGCAGAUGGAGGUGCAGAGGCAUUUGCAGCUGAGAAUCGAAGCUCAGGGGAGGUACCUGCAGUCGGUGCUCAACAAGGCCAAGGCCACUCACCUGCUCCACUCCGCCUCCGACAACAGCUCUCUCACCUCGUCCGACACCUCUCAACACAAAACCACCAAAACUAUAGAUUUGAAUCUCAAUGAGUUCGACUCCGGGCCCACCACAGGGAUUAACUUGAACCACUUUGCUUCCACUUUUUAGUAGAUUCAUCGUCUUAAAUGCUAUACUAUGAAUUAUUAAAUGUAAUUACAUCUGCUAUUUAAUUUAUAGGAUGCCUAUGUAUAUUGCUUUCUCA